AUGCAGCGAAGACCCCGCCCGGGCUCUGCCGCGUUCCCGCACAAGCACACGCCCAACUUCUACAGCGACAACAGCAACAGCUCUAUGAGCAUCACCUCGGGGGAAAGCUGCGGGCACUGGUCAGCUGGGCCGGAGCCCGGGGAGCCCGAGGGCAGAAGAGGCCGGGGCUCUAGCUGCGGUGAGCCCGCCAUGAGCGCUGGAGUGCCCGGAAGAACCACAAAGGCUGAAAGCUCUCGGCUGAAGCCGGCGCCUCGGAGCCACAGUGGGCCGACCGCCUCUGGCGCGGCAACCGUGAGGGGCGGGGCCUCGGAACCGGCUGGCUCUCCCGGUGUCCCUGAGGAGCAGCUCGACCUCUCGACUCUGGAUCCGAGGCAGGAGAUACCUCCCCCGCGAGUGUCCAAGAGCUUCCUGAGCCCACUCUUCCAGGUGCUGAGCGUGUUGUUAUCCCUGGUAGGAGGUGUGCUGGUCAGUGUGUACAGGGAGGUCUGUUCCGUCCGCUUCCUGCUCACGGCUGUGUCACUGCUGAGCCUCUUUCUGGCAGCACUCUGGUGGGGACUCCGGUACCUGGCCCCUCCUUUGGAGAAUGAACCUAAGGAGAUACUGACUCUAAGCGAAUACCACGAGCGCGUGCGCUCCCAGGAGCAGCAGCUGCAGCAGCUCCGGGCUGAGCUGGUUAAACUCCACAAGGAGGUGUCCAGCGUUCGCGCAGCCAACAGCGAGAGAGUGGCCAAACUCGUAUUCCAGAGGCUGAGUGAGGACUUUGUGCGGAAACCCGACUAUGCGCUGAGCUCUGUGGGAGCCUCCAUCGACCUAGAAAAGACGUCCCCCGACUACGAGGAUGCGAACACUGCCUACUUCUGGAAUCGCUUCAGCUUCUGGAACUAUGCGCGACCGCCCACGGUUAUCCUGGAGCCAGAUGUGUUCCCUGGGAAUUGCUGGGCUUUUGAGGGCGACCAGGGCCAGGUGGUGAUCCAGUUGCCGGGUCGUGUGCAGCUGAGCGACAUCACUCUGCAGCAUCCACCGCCCAGCGUGGCACACACCCGGGGAGCCAAGAGCGCCCCGCGUGACUUCGCAGUCUAUGGCCUCCAGGUUGAUGAUGAGACUGAAGUUUUCUUGGGGAAAUUCACCUUCGAUGUGGAGAAAUCUGAGAUUCAGACUUUCCACCUAGAGAAUGACCCCCCAGCUGCCUUUCCCAAGGUGAAGAUCCAGAUUCUAAGCAACUGGGGCCACCCCCAUUUCACAUGCUUGUAUCGAGUCCGAGCCCAUGGCAUUCAAACCUCAGAGGGGGCAGGGGACAGUGCCACAGGGGGGGCCCAUUAAACAUGCUGA